AGCCUUCAGACCAAACCAACAACUCUAAAGUAAAAACAAACAAGUCAUGUCAGAACGAGUAAAACGCAAGAAGCUAACUCUAACACUCAAAAUCAAGAACGAAAUAAUAAACCGAAUAGACGCGGGUGAAACAUACAGCCAACUCUCCCGAGAAUUUAACAUUGGAAGAUCCACCAUCUACGACAUUUAUAAAAACCGUCACAACAUAGAAACCGCUGCUAAGCUCCCAUACACAUCAGAAAGGAAAACUUUAAGAUCAGCCGAAAAUCCCGAGUUAGAAGAGAAAUUAUACCAAUGGUAUUUAGAAGAAAGAAGUUUGUAUGCUAUGACGGGGUCGCUCAUCAUUUUGAAAGCAAAGACGCUACAUAAAGAGAUGACUGGAAGGGACGACUUUCUGGCCAGUGGGGGGUGGCUGGAUCGGUUUAAGAAGAGGAAGGGGAUAGUGCUGGGUGGGAUUCAAGGAGGCGCCAGCUCCUCAAGGCCAGAGACUCCACCGCCAGUACGUGAACCUUUACCAGAACCAGUAUCCGGCCCAGCGGCAGAGGACGGCCAAGUUGAGAAGACUAAAGGGGAACAACUCGUGAUCAGGGUAACGGACAAUAUGAACUCCAAAAGAAACGUUUUCAACACGUUCACAAUCAAUGAUGGCCAUUUUGAAAACGUCAUUGUCAAGGAGGAAAGGUUUGAAGGUGUAUACCACCCGGAAGAACAGGAGGAGGAACCAACAGAAGCUGAGGACAUCGAGCCCCAUGAUCAGGAAGAGAUGUUCCCGCAGCCUGAAGCUAUCUUGGGGGGCAUGGAUGAGGUGAUGGAGGAGAAGAAUUCAGUGAUCAGGGACCUGAACGACACCCUUCGCAAGUUCGUAGCCGAAUACAAAACACGUAACGCUUUAAUGCGCGAGCGCAUUGAUCUAGAACGAGCGCGUCUACAGUUUGACAUGGAAGUAUACAGGAGUAGACAAAUGGAAAAACGUGUUAUAGCUGUUAGUGCUGCAAAUGCUGCUAAUGCCAUGAAUGCUGCAAGCGCUGCUAACGUCAUUAAUACAAAUGCAGCUAAUAUUAUGAAUGUGAAUUCAGCUAAUAUCAUAAAUGCUGCAAAUGCUGCUAAUGUCAUGAAUGCUGCGAGUGCUGCUAACGUCAUGAAUGCGAAUGCAGCUGUAAUGACCAAUGCUAAAAAUGCUGGAAACGUUAGCAAUGUUAACACUAUAAGUGUUGCUAGUGUUGGUAAUGAGGGCAAUAUUAAGAAUGCGAAUGUUAUAACGGCCAAUACGUCAAAAGCUGGAAAUACUGCAACAGCUAAGAAUGUUUUAAAUGUAACAAGUGUUGGUACUGCUUCUAAUGUCAUCGCAGUCGCUGCUUCAAGUCCAAAACCAGCUAAUACUGCUAAAUCGAACCCUAUAAUCACUAUAAACCCUACAAAUAAUAUCAACACUGGAAACGCAGGAAAUAAUAAUAAACCUACUAAUCCUGUCAUGACUCUUAAUCCUAUAACCUCUAGAGAAUUUGGAAAUACUGGAAUCUCUGUUAAAAUUGGAAACGCUGGCGUUGAAAAUGUAUCUAAUGUGGCUGCGAGUUCGCCAAAUGCUGAGAACGUAAAAAAUGUUGAUAAUAUUAAUACAGAAAGUGCUCCGAAAAUUGUUGAUGAUGCUAAUGCCAAACCAGAAGAAGCAAUGGAUGAAACUUAAAUAUAAAUAAAUAGAAUAAUAAUUAAAUAAUUAUCAAAGCAAAGCUACUUGGUAAGAUAUCUUAUGAAUAUUAGUAAUUUUGAUAAUGUAUAACAAGUU